ACAUGAGCGAGCAUCGUCGGCGGUGGAGGAGCAGAGGACCGGAGGGGACAUGUUGUGCUAGAGCCGGGGAGCAGUAAACAUCUGCGGAGGACUGUGUGCUCAUCCAGGUGUUUGACUGUGGACAAAGUACAAGGUCCCGUCUGAACACACUAACACACACGCACACACUAACACACACUCGGCUCCUCUCCACAUCCCUCACAUGAGCCUUUUUCACGCUCGCCGAGUUUUAUAAGCUAGUUUUGUGUUUCUAUUUUUGCACCGAACAUGUCGUCUCUUCUGCUGGGAGUCAUCCUGAGACAGGGUGGUGUCGGGGCAAAUGUCACAGUUCGGUCCCUGUCCUCACUUAACUCGCUGCCCCCGGCGGUGGCUGAGUUUGUCAAGGGGGCAGCGGAGGAGUGUAAGCCCACCGGUGUUCAUGUAGUAACGGGGACACCGGAGGAGGCAGCCAACAUCCUCGCAGGUCUGGAGAAGGAGGGGAUGGUCAAGAAGCUUUCCAAAUAUGACAACUGCUGGUUGGCACGCACAGACCCAAAAGAUGUUGCUCGAGUGGAGAGCAAGACUGUGAUUGUGACCAAGAACCAGAGGGACACCAUCCCCAUCCCUGCUGAGGGCGUGAAGAGCCAGCUCGGCAGCUGGAUGUGUGAGUCGGACUGGCAGAAAGCCCGAGAGGAAAGAUUCCCCGGCUGCAUGACAGGUCGGACCAUGUAUGUGAUUCCCUUCAGUAUGGGUCCUGUUGGCUCCGCUCUGAGUAAAUAUGGCGUCCAGGUGACGGACUCGCCGUACGUAGUGGCCAGUAUGGGGAUCAUGACUCGCAUGGGGACACCAGUCCUCAACAAAUUGGCAGAAGGAGAGGAGUUUGUCCGCUGCCAGCACUCUCUGGGACGACCUUUACCACUGAAAGCCCCUCUGGUCAACUCAUGGCCCUGUAACCCAGAGCAGGUGCUGAUAUCUCACCUGCCGGACACCAGGCAGAUUAUGUCCUUCGGCAGCGGCUACGGAGGAAACUCUCUCUUGGGAAAGAAGUGCUUCGCCCUCCGCAUUGCCUCUCGCAUCGCCAAGGACGAGGGCUGGCUGGCAGAGCACAUGCUGAUCCUGGGUAUUACCAACCCCCAGGGAGUGAAGCGUUACGUAGCGGCGGCCUUCCCCAGCGCCUGCGGUAAAACCAACCUGGCCAUGAUGAAACCAACUCUGCCAGGCUGGAAGGUCGAGUGUGUGGGAGACGACAUUGCGUGGAUGAAGUUCGACAGCCAAGGUAAACUGAGGGCCAUCAACCCAGAGAACGGCUUCUUCGGCGUGGCUCCAGGCACCUCGGACAAGACCAACCCCUACGCCAUGGCCACCAUCGCCAAAAACACAGUGUUCACCAACGUCGGUGAGACCAGUGAUGGAGGAGUGUGGUGGGAAGGACUUGCCCCCCCUCCCGCCGGCGUCACACUCACAGACUGGCACGGCAAAACCUGGAAGCAAGGAAGUUCGACCCCUUGCUCCCAUCCCAACUCCCGCUUCUGCGCCCCAGCGGCUCAGUGUCCCAUCAUCGACCCCCAGUGGGAGAGCGAGGAGGGGGUCCCCAUCGAUGCCAUUAUCUUCGGAGGCAGGAGGCCAGAAGGAGUCCCUCUGGUCUAUGAGUCUUUCAACUGGCAACACGGCGUCUUUGUUGGAGCCGCGAUGAGAUCUGAGGCCACGGCAGCUGCUGAACACAAAGGUAAAUCGAUUAUGCAUGACCCCUUCGCCAUGCGACCAUUCUUCGGCUACAACUUUGGCGACUACCUCGGUCACUGGCUGAGCAUGCAGAACCGCAAGGCCCCCACUCAGCUGCCAAAGAUCUUCCACGUCAACUGGUUCAGAAAGACCCCCAGCGGUUCUUUCCUCUGGCCAGGCUUUGGCGAGAAUGCCCGUGUGCUGGAGUGGAUCUUCAAGCGCUGCAGCCGGGAGAGGGAGGACGAGGCGGCCAAGAAGAGCAUCAUCGGCUGGCUGCCGGUAGAGGGUGCCAUCAACACUGAAGGCUUGGGCAGCAGCGUCGAUAUGGGAGCCCUGUUUGAUGUGCCCAAGGCUUUCUGGCAGAAUGAGACCAAAGAGCUGAGAUCGUACUUCACGCAGCAGGUCGGUGCUGACCUGCCGGCUCAGAUUGGGGCUGAGCUGAAGGCGCUGGAGGACAGGGUGCACAAGUAAAACCACAAUGAUGCCACAAACAAGGUGGUCGUCCCUGGUGACACAGGAUCACAUCAUUAUGGUGCAAUCAGAGUCACUGCCUGGAUUUAUUUACACACAGAGAAUGAAGCUGUGAAAAAGAUUAGCUUGGUCUAAUGCAUAUGAACACGAAUAAGAAUUUACUUGAUGUGCUCGACUAAAAGAUAAGAUAAGACAAGAUACCAAAUUCUGACUUGUUUCAACCCCUUUCUUGACUUAGGAUUGUAAAGGUUGACGUGUUUAGUCACUGGUUGAAAAUGAAGGUACUCUUCAGAAAGACCAACCCUCAGGCCAGUAUCUAUAUUUCUCUGUGUUUAAAAAAACAAAGUCAGUGACUCUUCUUGUCAGGGAGAGAAAUCAGUAAAGAAUGAAUCGGGGGGAGAAGUUAAUCUACAAUGCAAAACCUACGUCACACUGCGACACUGACAGACUGGUGCUAGGUCAGUGCUGGCAGGGAGGUUUGACUCGACAUGAGGGAUUCUAUUCCCGAAGGUCAGAUAAGCUAAUGUCCCUCCCUGCAUCCACUCACACUACCUGUUGCAGUACUGGAGCAAAGUCAUCAUGGCCAACUUGUGCCUUUUUUAGACUUAAAAAUAGAUUCCAGGCUGCUAAUGUUUACAGGCUGAAGCACGAAGAUCUUUUCAGACCAAUAUUUGACCAAAAAGUAGAAAAUGUUUAUCAUAGAGGUUUUGAAUGCUUUAAAAUGUCCUUAAGGGGUCAAAACGUUCAUUAACUGCUCAGCGUCUUUCCAUUGGGCUGAGAUUUACUAUGCAUCACUCAUCUGGCCGCUUAUGUAAUGUUUUAGAAUUAAAUUGUUUGAUUCCGGGUGACAUGUGAAAUGUUGGACCAAUAAAUGCAACUGAUAUGAUAUUUGUCAAAGGUGUAUGCCGAGGUUGUUAUUACAGUGCAAUGAAUAAAUAUUUUCAAACACGCA